AAGGGGGAUAAACAUCAAUGACCUGGCAACCCACAUAGCUACUUCACAAAAAUGGACGACUACUCCAGCAAACAGCCUCAAGCAGAAAACCUCGACGAUCCUCCAAAUAGCCGACUCUUUCUCGUAACUAGUCGGUCUGUCUCAGAGGAUGUUAUACGUGAUCACUUCUCUGUCUUCGGUGAUAUACAGGGGAUAUGGGUAGUGAAAGACAAGCAAACUAAAGAAUCAAAGGGGGUCUCCUACGUAAAAUUUGCCAAAUCGUCGCAGGCAUGCGCGGCCAUGGAGGAUAUGCACGGGAAAACGCUACAGGAAGGAACAAAACCAAUCAAGGUGUUCAUUGCUCAGUCCCGGUCAUCAGGGCGCCACCGAGACGUAGAAGAUGAGGAGCUCACGAGGAUCUUCGUGAUGAUCCCCAAGACUUUCUCCGAGGAGGACCUUAAGGACACGUUCAAGGAUUAUGGAGACAUUGAAUACUGUGUCAUCAUUAAAAACAAGAGCACGGGCGAGAGUAAGGGGUUGGGCUAUGUUCGCUACCACAAGCCCUCACAGGCCGCCAUAGCCAUAGAGAACUGUGACCGAGCCUACAGAGCGAUCCUGGCCGAGCCUCGCAGCAGAACCUCAGGGCCGGAGGUUGACUACAGCAGCGGCUCAAGAUCUGACCACAUGACCAGCGGAGACCUGACCAUGAACACAUACCCCUUUGCUUCCUGUAAGUGUAUCACACACACACACACACACACAUACUCAAAGAGGAUGCAUCAGGGCCUGCAUGUGUGUGUGUGUUCCUUCCCAGCUGACCCUGGCAGCUACGGAGGUGACUACAGGAGCAGUGACAUCAUCACACGUUGCCUGAUGGUGUCGUCCAGGGCGGCGCUGACUCAGGAGCAGAUCUACGGCCUGUUUGAUCUGAUCCCUGGGAUGGACUACUGUGAGCUGCAGAGAGACACCUAUGGACUCAGCAAAGGCCACGCCGUGAUUCGCUACAACAACUUGGGCUCGGCUGUGUACGCCAAGGAGAAGCUCAACGGAUUCGAGUACCCCCCCGGCAAUCGUCUGGGAGUCACACACAUUGACGACGGAGAGGACAGGACCAGUCCAGUGGGGAAGAUGGCCAUGCAGUUCGUGGCGGCCCAGAUGAUGUCGUCCGUGUGGAACAACCCCAGCAGCCAGCAGCUGAAGAGUGGCUCUAGUUACCAACCAUGCCCGGCGCCGCGCGUGCAGACGGACGUUACGCUGCCGUCCCUCAAGAAGCUGGCGCCCUCCGACAGCCGGGUCAAGGAGCGCCUCUUCGUGGUGUUUAGCCCCGCCCCUCUGCCCGUGGAUGUGCUGGAGGAUGUCUUCUGCCGGUUUGGCUCCCUAGUGGAGGUGCACCUGGUGCCGGGGAGGAAGGUGGGCUACAUGAAGUAUGCUGAGAAACAGAGCGCGGACGACGCCAUGGCGAUGCUGCACGGGCGCGUUGUGAACGGCGUGAGGAUGAAGGUGAUGCUGGCGGACCCGCCCAGGGAAGAGUCCCACAAGCGCCCCCGCACCUACUAGUCCAGCCGUGAGUACUCUUCUGCAUGUGUGGGUGGUUGGAGGGUGUGUAUCGGUGUGGAGGGUAUGUUUUUGUGGUUGGAGGUUGUGUGUGUGUGUGGCAAGUCCCUCUUUAUGGUCUUUACCUGCGUUGAAGCUCACAUGAACUAUUGGACCUGUGUGGUGAGUUCAUGUCUGCAGGAUGACUCGUCAAACUGCACUACCUCCCACUAGUCUAGCGGCAGCGGGCUAACAGUUAGCUGCUCUACCCCACUUUAGCCUAGCUGAAAGGCUAACUGUUAGCUGCUCUACCCCACUUUAGCCUAGCUGAAAGGCUAACUGUUAGCUGCUCUACCUCACUUUAGCCUAGCUGAAAGGCUAACUGUUACCGUCUGUAUCCUGACCUAUUCCAGCCUGCAGGCUAAAUCCAUCAGGACACGGUUGAGCUUUUUCCACAGCUGUCCUGUUUUUGUUUCUACAGAGACGGUCACAUGACCAAGGACGGACAUGACUGGACAGACACGCUGACUGGACACGACCACAAACACACGACCGUACCACGACCACUGGACCGACCCAACUUCGACCCGACCCUGACUGCUGUACCUCUGUGUCUCUAACCUCUAACCGUCUCCUAGCCUCCCCUAAUCCUGGAGGAUGUCUGUAUUGUCGGAGGUACAACAUUAUUUGUUAUUAGAGGGGGUUCAUUGGAAGCUGGAAUGGUGGUUGUGUGUAUAUUUGAGUUGCCUAAUAAAACUUCUGAGUUGGACA